AUGCACAAGUCGUGUGCACAGCUGCCCGAGCAUGUGAACUACCCCUACAGUUCUGAACGUCUUACCCUCAAUAUCAAUCCAUAUCUCAAUAACACAUGCAAAAGGUGUGGCAAGUUAUGCGCAAAUAUCAUCUACACUCAUGACUUUUGGAACAUACUCCAUCCUCUAUGUGCUGCGCAAGUGGAGAUCAAAAUCGAGCACUACAGCCACAACGACCAUCCAUUGGUGGCUUUGAGUAGGGAGACUAUGUCCUUGUGUGAUGCGUGCGGUGAGAAACACGAAGGGUUUUUCUUCGCGUGCAGAGAAUGCAACUUCUGGAUACAUGUAGACUGCGCGUUGUUGCCAAGCAUUGUCAACAUACCUUCCCAUGAUCACUAUUUAAUACUCACGUAUGCUUGCAUGUCUCUAAACACUACAGUGUGUCAUUUGUGCUUAAAAGGUUUCCACGGCAAGGGGAUGUAUCUGUGUGCCGAGAAAUAUGAUUACUAUGCUCAUUUGCGGUGUGUAGCAGCCAACAUGGGAGAUUUUACUCCCAAAGGUAAUUAA